AUGGUAUCCCAAGCUCAAAUCCUCGAUCGCGCUGCGCCGCUACAAAGCGCCCCGUCCGUCGUGUCGCGACAGUCGCACUCGGGCCGACGACAUCGCUCGGGUCGCUCUCACCAUGGCGGCCCUCUCAGUUCCUCGUCGAACGAUUUCCCCAUCUUCACAUACACCGGCGAUACCGAGGUUGUCAUCCGCGCCGGGUCGCAAGAGAAACGAUACCUCCUCCAUCGACUGAUUCUGGCGCAAUGCUCGGGAUUCUUCGAGGCAAGCACAAACGAGGACUGGACCCGUCAGAAUACAUCGGCGGUAGGCGCGCCAAAACCCGACGGGACAUUGUCUCGACUGAGCGAAGAAGACUCGUUGUCUAAUGGAUCCACGCUGGCGCAGUCGGAAACCGGAGGAUCGCUGGUACGGCCGGGAGAAAAGAGACGGUGGAGGUAUGAGCUGGAUUGGGAGACUCGUGCGGAGGACGAGGAGCCGAUUCUGGUACAAAAGCAACCGACCUACGCUCCAAUGUUCAAUGGCGAUCAAACCGCAUUCCCUCCGACGAUGACGAAGCCGUCCAAUGCACAGGCAGGCUUUUUUCGGUCCAUGGCGAACUUGACAGGAAUGCAGUCGGUCGUUCAUCUUCCCUCGUCCGGGGGUGACGGCCAGGGCGUUGUCAGCCCUUUGAUACGCGACUAUGAAAACCUCUUCCGGAUCUUCUACAACCACGCCCCGGCCCUCAACAGCGUCAACAUUGCCUCUGCCUAUACAGAGUGCAAGUCUCUACUCGCACUAGCAGAUAUGUAUGACGCACUGCCGGUGACAGGUCCGCGCGUAGACCACCACCUAUUGGGAUUCGGUUCGCGCCUUUUUAAGCAAAUCGCCAAGUACCCGCCCAGCUACCUCAAACUCGGGUAUCUGGCUCGCAGCCGGGUCAUCUUCUCUGAAGCCCUGAUCCAUGUUGUGGGCCAGUGGCCCUCGGCCUUGCCAAACCUACGCAGCGGCACAUACGCUCCUCUUCCAAACUCCGUCCUCGAUCUAAUCGAGGACAAAUACGAGGAUCUCGAGGACCUCAAGGCCCGCGUCGAGUCCAAACUCCUCCGCCUAUCCCUAACCACCUCGCGCGGCGAGCGCGUCGGUCCCUCAAACGCCUACCUGGACUGGCUUGCAGUCUCAUUAUUCCGCCAGUGGCUCAUUGAAAACACCACACCACCGCCAGCUCCUAUACUCAAGAACUCAUCCAAUAGUGCUCCGCCAAACGGGCAAGGAUCCCAAACAACCUCCUCGAGGCCAACUGCUUCGCCCGAUCCAACAGCCCGCGUCUAUAGACUCGUGGGAUCAUCCUCUUCACAAGCGUAUUUACCUCAUGACGAACUCAAACGAUUCCUCAAGCUCCACCCCACCCCCUCCUCCGACUCCCCAUACAGCCGCGAGACUUUGAAACGCUUCGAGCGCAAAAUGGACGAGAUCAAACGGCUAGCCCGCGAGAUCGUCAAACCGUUGAUGCGGAACUUCCUCGAGCUCGAAGCAAAGAGUAGCAGCGAACAUGCGAAUAGCAACACUACCGUCCAAGAGAGCCCGGGCUUGCCAUACUUGACCUGUACACGCGUCGAAGAAGCCGACCUGCCCUGGAGCUGA